AUGCCCUUCACCACAUUUGGCGUCGCGACAGCCGUUACGCCUUCAGUGAUCGAGACCUACUUCUCACAUUUCCUUAAUAGAGGUCCUCUCAAGCAAAAGCCGACUGCACACAUAUCCUACCACGAAGGACUGCGCCUGAUCCGACAGUUCCUCGACUACAGCGCGAAACAUCCCGUGGAAGACUUGCAAUCUUUCACUGCACAAUGGGUACCAGUACCGACCUGGGUCAAGACUCAGGAUGUCGAGAUCCCUCCGCAGUUCCUUACGCGCUCUGCGAAUGUCAUCCGGAAACAGCUAGGUCCGAAUGGAAUCGAGCGCGUGGGAGGAGAGAAGUGGUGGCAGUGGAGGCGGAGUGAAGCUCCACUACACGCAGAAUGGAUCGAGAUGAAGAAGGACUACAAUGAGCGGAAACGAAUGGGCAUCAAAUGCGAUCGCGUCAUACUGUACAUCCAUGGUGGUGCCUACUACUUUGGAUCAGUGGACGAACAUCGGUACCAGAUGCAACGCCAUGCGCGAAAGCUGAAGGCGAGAGUCCUAGCUCCGCGAUACAGGCUUGCACCACAAUUUCCAUUUCCAUGUGGCCUCUACGACUGCAUAGCUACCUACUUCUACCUCCUGGAGCACUUCGAGCCGAGCCAGAUUCUUUUUGCAGGCGAUUCGGCUGGCGGAGGCAUGGUGCUGAGCUUGCUGGUGACUUUACGAGAUCAGGGAUGUCCUUUACCAGCUGGCACCAUACUGCUAUCUCCUUGGGUUGACCUCACCCACUCUUUCCCAUCCACUGCCGGCGACGGCACGGGCGACUAUAUACCACCUCAUGGCUUCCACCACAAACCUUCCAUGACAUGGCCGCCUCCACCGCAGACCGAAGAGAAGGCUAACAAACUGGCCAAGAAGUUCACACAACCCAUAGAACAGCCGUUCGAAGUCGUGGAGCUUCCCGCUGACAUGGGGACUGGACCGGCGACGGGUAAUGCUAGUCGAGGCAACUUUGGCAGAGAGAAGAAGCCGCAGCCAAACCUCAACCAGCUGCCUGGGAUGGGCGAACGUCUCGAGAUCAACAUCGACGGCAAGCUGCUGGUGCUGAAAGAGCAGAUUCAGCUGUAUGCUAAGAACGACUUACUGACGCACCCACUCGUAUCGCCUGUACAGCAACCAUCGCUUGGUGGCCUUCCCCCAAUGCUUAUCCAGGUCGGAGGUGGGGAGCUUCUGCGAGAUGAGCAGAUCUACCUUGCCCACAAAGCAGCAAAUCCUAGACGGUACGUCCCCAGCGAAGCGAUCAUGGAGGAGUACGACCCACAGCGAAUCGUUCUCAACCAAUACCCUCCGACGGAUGUACAGCUCCAAGUCUGGGAAGAUCUCUGCCAUGUCCCCCACACGUUGUCCUUCACUCGACCUGCAAAGUACAUGUAUAGGUCCGUGGCGCAGUUCGGUGCUUGGGCUUUGGCGCGCGCUCAGCACAAGGGGAUCGAGAUCCUGGACGACGACGCCAUCUCCAUCAUUAGUAACAAGUCUGAUGGCACAUGCGCAACAGAAGGCACUGAUGCUUCAGGCGCGGAGCGACAGAGUGAAUAUGGCAGCAUUGGAGCCGAUGGUGUCACCUCUUCGCAAUUUAAGUUGUCCUCUGUUGGUGCAGUGGGCAAGGCUGGCGACGAAUUACCGCCAUUUGUCGACCACAUGAUCCGUCAGCGCGUCAACCGGCACGGUGUUAUUUACCCUCUCCCACACGAAUCGAACAUCGCAAGCUUGCACCUGGACCCUUCCACCAUCGGUACCAUCAAGGUCGGUCCUGUUCGAAAGUGGCUUGCAAAGAGAACGGAGAGUGAACAGAAGUUUGCGAACGACUACAAGAAACUGCUCAAGAAGCGGGCGAAAGAGCUGAAAGAAGGCUAUGAUCCUAUCGAGACGGGCGAGAAUCCGCCGCCCACCGCGUUGUAUCUGCGAAGAAAACGAGAUGUUGCCCCGGAGGAGAAGAAGAAAAGCAAGAGCUGGGGUCUGGCAAUGUGGAGUGGUUGGGGCAGCUCUCACGAUGAAAGCACCAUACAACGUGAAGAGAAGGCACUCGAUGACAAGUCAAUUCAAGACGACAGGCCAGCAAGCACGGCGCCGAGCACUGCAACCCAGCGUGGAGCCAGCAGCGUUGAGACUGAGCGAGGUCUAGACCACAACACGAGCGACCCCACCACGAAGCAACAAACUGUUCCCGGCAACGACGGCACGGUUGAUGCUGAGACUACGGCACAACGCAGGAGGUCGAGCGCAAGUGUGCUUUCGGCGAUAGCACCAUGGUCGAAGGGCCCGGACCUUCGGCCUCGCAGUCCUUAUCGACAGGUGAAAGACGUUGGCCAAACAGAGGUUGAAAGAAGCUCUGCUGUGUCGCCGACACUCAGUCCUACCAGUCCAGUGCAUGGUGGCACACGAUGGGACAGUAGUCGGCGAUCAAGCCAGGCUUCAAGCAUUUUCAAGUUUGCUACACGGCCUCUUAGCGUCGCCGGCCCGGUUGCCUCGAGUGCGACAAAGAGUCAGCUCCAAACCAUCCAUACGCCAGCUUCGCCGACUUCGAAUGCCAUCGCCCCAAGCGCCUCCGACACAGGCAAAGAUGCGGUCAAGGUCCCCGGCACAGAUGCGACCUAUCUCAACCCGGAUGGGAACAGGCCGCAUAAUGGUGUCGUAGCUUAUCCGUUCAAGCUACGAAGUGCUCAGAACGUGCCGCGUCAGCCAUCGCCGAAUCCUUCCACCAUGACAUUGGACAGCAAUGUGGACGGCAGCGACAAUGCUACCGAACGCAACGGUUCGCUCACGUAUGCUGACGCACCACGACCAGGGAGCACGAUUCUGGACCACUACUUUCCACCAAACGUUGAUCAGCUAAUGCACGCCAAAGACGGCGAGUCUGUGGGGCAAUCGGCGGAGAGGCAGGGUCUUGAAACAUCCACGACUGCCGAUAACGUGCCGAUCACGGGUGGCGUGUCUCAAGAUGCAUUGAACACAUUCCAAAGCAAUAUAUCUGGUGGUCGACCUGUCAGUGUGCUCUCUGACACACCGCUUUUCAAGCACUUGAAGUCGCCUGAAGAAGAUCCUGUCAGCCCACUCUCCGAAGCAGCCAUUUCUCCACUCGAAGCCAGUUCCGCGACCUCGGCCGACCCUGCAUCGAAGCCUCGAUACAAGCAAUACAAACCCACGAGAGACUCAAGGCUGGGACUUCUGGGCGGAGACGGCAUGCCAUUGUCUGCAUUUCCAACACCAGACCAGAAAGAAAUCGGCAUGGCCAUCACCGACUCGGCACCAAAACCAGCUCCGUUCAAGAUCCGCAACCCAGUCUUCGAUCCUCGAGCGGUACCUGAGCAAGUGCCUGAGCAUGCAGCUGUACAGCAAGUCCAACCCGAAGCGAACGCUGAAGCUUCGAAGCCCGCACCUUUCAAGAUGAGGCACACCAUCUACGACUCAAAGGUCGCUCCACCAGGCAGCAAGCAUGCCGACGAGCAAACGCCAGCUGUCCCAGCCAGCAAUGGUCGUGCCGCCACGGGCUCUGCAAAUGCUACUAAACGAGAGGUAACGCCAUCAGAAUCAUUAUCUACAUCCCUCCCAGCUGCUCCAGUCCAGCUGUCGCCAAUCACACCAAUCUCGCCUUUGGUACCACUGCACGAAGAGAAAGAGGCUGUCAUGGCCACAAGCGAUAUAGCUCCUACCUUUAUUGAACCACCGGCAAAUACUAACAUCACGUUCCCUACAGUCAGCAGCUCCAACGCACGCCCAGUAGCUGAUCCGCGAUCGACUGAGGACCCUCCAGCGCCACCGCCGAAGGACAAGCAUACUGCUCUGCCACAGCUACGCUCGAACCCCAGCAGCGCUAGUAUGAAUGGAGGGUAUUCUCUCGUACCAGCUCUUCGAUCGAAGCCGAGUAAUGCCAGCAUCAACGCCUCCAGCCCAAUCGCGAACUUACGCUCCUCGCCCAGCCAGGCCAGUAUGCGGGAUGGCAGCAUGUCCAGUAUGAGCAACCGAAACGAACGGAACGGCAGCGUGUCUGGAAGCAUAAAACGGAAACAGAUUGUACCAAAGAGCAAAUUCGCUGCUGAUCCUGAUCGGACCAUGACGGCUCUCGAGGCUGCUGGACUUGCGCCUGCACCCAAGGCGCCCAAGCCGAAGAAGGAGAAGAAGGACUCGAAGAAGGAUAAAAGCUCUACGGGUCUUCUAGGCAAGCUGAGUUUUGAGAGGAAGGGCAGUGUGCCGAGUAUCGAGGAGCAGGUGCAGAAGGGGUAUCUUUCGGAGUUGCAGGGUGGGAAGUUCUAG